CUGGGAUUACAGACAUGUGCCACGACCCCUGGCAGAGGUGGGCUUUCCUAAGGGGCCGGCUUCUCCCUCCCUCAGGUGCCUGGCCGCCACCUCAGGCAGCCUCCCAUCUAAGGCAGCCACAGGGCUCAGAGCCUCCAUCCCAGAGAGGCCCUGGAUGAGGCCAGGGGUGCAGGACGCCACUGCAGGCCGCAGGCUUGCCUGCUCCUAGCCACGCCCCACGGCCUGGCCUGGAACCCUGGCCGCGUCACAGCAUGUGUGUUCCGGGCGGAACCAGCCUGGCCCCGUUCUGCUCUCACCCAGCCUGACCCGCACUAGUGCCACUCCUGGCCCAGACCAUGCCCUAGGUGGGCACAUGCCGCCCAGCCCGCCCAAGCUCGCAGAGGCCAUGAAGGGCCGAGCGGGGCCUUCGCUCCCGCCCUGUCCGCAGGCCACCCGCUGGGUGAGCACGGCCAAGCCCAUGGUCUCCUGGGUGCCCCUUGCCGUCGCUGGCCCUGGCACCGCUGACCGGAAGGAAAAGAUGCUCUUCCCGGUCUGUACCUUCCCCAGCUGCUGGCUGAGGGACUCGGGCACCGCCGGCCCGGACAGGGCUCCCUUCCCAGUGCAGCGCCAGGCCCAGGUCCUGGUGCCCCUGACGGCCCAGCUCUGCAGCGUCCCGGACACCCCGGGCCCGCAGCCACCGCCGCCACCUCCGGCAGACACAGCCCAGCCCGCCCGGGCCAGGCCCGCAGAGCCGCCGCGUGGGCCCGAGUCAUGGGGGAUGGACUCGGUGCAGAAACAGGACCUCCGGAGGCCCAAGAUCCACGGGGCAGGCCGGGCGUCCCCCUACCAACCGCCCACGCUGGCCUCACUGCAGCGCUUGCUGUGGGUCCGAAGGGCCCCCACACUGAACCACGUCAACGAGGUCUGGCCCAACCUCUUCCUGGGAGAUGCGUACGCCGCCCGGGACAAGAGUCGCCUGAUGCAGAUGGGCGUCACCCACGUCGUGAACGCGGCUGCAGGCAGGUUUCAGGUGGACACGGGUGCCAAGUUCUACCACGGGCUGCCCCUAGACUACUACGGCGUCGAGGCAGAUGACAACCCCUACUUCGACAUCAGCAUCUACUUCCUGCCUGUGGCUCGCUAUAUCCGAGCAGCCCUCAGCGCUCCCCGAG